CUGCUGGCCACGACAGGCAACCAACUGCACAUUCACCAUGGCUGAUUCGGCCCCAACAUCUCGAACCUCGUCCGAGUUCCCGUUUGUUGUGGAUGGGCACUCCUACACGUCGACAUUGACGGCAUUGAACGGCAAAUCUUUCGCGAGCGUUGACAGCUACUCGGACUUUCUGACCACGACGUUCUCGGGCGAGGUGCCCCGCACCAAAGUCCGCACCGCGCGACCGUCACCUGUGUGGAAGUACAUGCACAAGCUGGACGUACCCCAAGUGAAUCGCCGCAAGAAAAUGUGCGAGUACGUGUGCACAGUUUGCGUGGACGACGGCGCGACUGCAUGGGAGGACAGCCUCAUCGCGAUGUUUGGCAAUCAGUCGUCCAAUGGCGCUACGCAUUUACGAUCGCGCCACAAGGACCUGUCCCUCUUGGAAAAGCGGCAUCCUGUCUCCGGGCGUCCACCUUCCAAGAAACCAGCCAAGCGACAGUCUGUUCCAUCUCCGUCGUUGUCGUCGUCGACGGUGGACGACGACGACUCGUCGACUUCGUCCAAACCUCCUGCCUCAACGUCAACCAUUCCUACCACCAAGAAACGCAAGACAACCACGUCCACCACGACAAAGAAGCACACUGUGAAGCACACUGUGAUUUCAAGUCAAGCGACUACUGAAACAGUGGCCAUCUACACGAUCUCAACCGAGUGUCCAGCGCUAGACGAGGCGGAUCUGUUGGCCACGCUGGUGCAUCCCAUCGCCCCUACCACGUUUAUGGACGAUUACUACCAGAAGAAGGCCCUGGCGGUGCAUGCUCCCGCCAGUCGAUUCGACCAGCUCGUUCAGGAAGGAUUGGACGGCUUGGACGUGAAGAAACUGCUCGCGGCGACGUCGUCCGAAGAGUUGCAAGCUUGGGUUCAAGUACGACCAGCCACCCAUGAUGACAAUGGUGACGACAAUGGUGACGACAAUGGUGACAAUGGAGACGCCAAUGGAGACGGCAAUGGUGACAAUGGAGAUGACAAUGGAGACAACGGAGAUGACAAUGGUGACAAUGGAGAUGACAAUGGAGACAGCCCCAAGAUCGAGUCGGUCAAAGUCGAGUCCGCGGAAGCGGCGGCGAUUCUGCAUGCGGCGGGCCACUCGUUGUACUUUCGGUCGUCACCGGAACUGAGCGCGACGCUGAUUCCCGCGCUGGCAAAGGACCUCGGCAUGGGGUUCACGGCCACGUCCGUUCAUGGCGAAACGCAAGGGGAGAUUGAACUGUUUUGCGCCAAGCAAGGCCAUGUGACAGACUGGCACUUUGACUUUAUGGAAAACUUCACGGUACAAGUCGCCGGCACGAAAACGUGGAAGUUGCAGCCGGGUAACGUGGCGUACCCUGUGCGAGGCUGCACACCGCACUACAAGACCCAAGAGGUCGUGGAACAGCAGCUCAAGGUGCAUCGGCUUGCGGACCCGUCGUUUCAGUACCACCCAACGUUUGAUAACGUGUCCGAAGUGACGUUAUCGCCUGGUUCAGUGCUGUACUUUCCCGCGGGCAUGUGGCAUCGUGUCGAGUGCACGGAAGACUCGAUCAGCAUGAACUUGAGCAUGUUCCCGACGCCGCAUGCGGAUGUGGUCGUGGACGCGCUGCGUCAGGUGCUGCUGCAGUCGGACAAGUGGCGACGAGGCGUGAGCUACCAGACGCCCGCAGACGCUCGCGCGUACAUGGCGGAUCUGCUCGUAGAUCUGAAGGCUCAGAUUGGAAAGCUGUCGGCGGCGGAUAUUUUGCCAGAGCGGCUGUUGCUCCGUGGACGUGGUGGGGGUAAUGCAGGCGACGAAGAUGAAAGUGACGAAGAAGAGAAGGUCCCGUCGCAUGUGCUGCAACUUGACGACCCCUUCCUUCUCCAAGACAGCGCCAUUGACUUCGAACCCACGACCCUUGUCACGUUGAACCCGUUGGCAAACCUCAUGCAUCAUGCCGACAUUCCGUCCAUCCACCACAACACGGGGUUCUCUCCUGACGACCUCGUGUACAUUCUAAACGUGGGGUUUGGUCACUCCAGCUACAUGUCGUCCCUUCGCCUCGAGUUCCAAUGUAGCACUCUGCAAGCGUCGUUGAUUGAUGUCAUCCUCGAAGCGCAAACGCAAGCGACGCAGUUUUCGCUGCAGACGUUGCUGGCCUUGUCCAAGGAGCUCGAAGAAUCCCCAAAGAAGAAGAGCGAGAUGCGCGAACUGCAGGUCGUCUUGCACUUCCUUACCCACGCAGGCUUCUUGACUGUCGUCCAUGACAAUGUCAAGGCCCCGUAAUGUUGAACAAGGGUUUUGUAAAAAGAACAGCUAUCCGGAUAAUACAAGUCGUUUUAACC